AUGGCGGCUGAAACGGAUAAUGGCUGGAAAUUUGCUCAAUGUUUCGGGGACAAGGGCGAAGUCGAAGACAUUACAGAAGCUGACAUUAUCUCGACCGUGGAAUUUGACCACACGGGUGAUUACCUCGCCACUGGUGACAAAGGAGGACGAGUGGUUUUAUUUGAACGUAAUGAUAGCAAAAAAGGAUGUGAAUACAAAUUUUAUACCGAAUUUCAAUCGCACGAACCCGAAUUCGACUAUUUAAAAAGUUUGGAAAUCGAAGAAAAAAUCAAUAAGAUCAAAUGGUGUAAGCGGCAGAAUGCUGCGCAUUUUUUAUUAUCAACGAAUGACAAAACUGUCAAACUUUGGAAAGUUUUCGAAAAAUCUCUUAAGGUGGUGGCAGAAAAUAAUCUUAGUGAUGGUUCGAGACCUCAAAAUGGAAAAAUCCAACAUUUAAGGCUACCUAAACUUACACAUCAUGACACAAUUAUUGCAGCUGUUCCUCGCAAAGUAUAUGCUAAUGCACAUGCUUAUCAUAUUAAUUCCAUAUCAAUUAACUCUGACGGUGAAACAUAUAUAUCUGCGGAUGACUUAAGAAUUAAUCUUUGGAACUUAAACAUUAGUGAUCAAAGUUUUAUAUUCGAAGAGCAAGAGGAUCCCGCAAAUAAAUCUUUUUUUUCGGAAAUUAUUUCUUCUAUUUCUGAUGUGAAAUUCAGUAAAGAUGGUCGAUACAUCCUCUCGCGUGAUUAUUUGACCCUUAAAAUUUGGGACAUAUCCAUGGAAAAUCGACCACUGAAAACAAUCAAUAUUCACGAUCACUUACGAAAUAAGCUUUGCGACCUUUACGAAAACGAUUGUAUUUUUGACAAAUUUGAGUGUACAUUUAGUGGUGAUGGCCAAAAUGUCUUGACCGGUUCAUAUAAUAAUUAUUUCCAUAUUUAUGAUCGGGAUGGCCUAACUGAUAUUGCUCUGCAGGCUGAUAAGAGUGCAUUUAAGGCAAAACGUGUCGUAUCAACGAAGAGUAACAAAAUACUUCGUGGAAAGAAUAAUAAGAAAGAAGAGAUUAAUGUGGAUGCUAUCGAUUUCAAUAAGAAAAUUCUUCAUGCUUCAUGGCAUCCAAAUGAAAAUUCGAUUGCUGUGGCUGCCACUAAUAAUCUUUUUAUUUUUACCGAGUAA